AUGAUCAACACAGAGGCAAUACGAGAAUUUCAAGCCAAAGAAAGAAAAUCCAGAAGCAAUCUUAAGAAAUGCUUAGCUUCAGCAUUGUCUGCAGACCUCAACAGGUAAUGAUUAACACUGUUCCUGGACACAGAACCUUUGCCUAUUUUCCAGUAAGGUCCAGUAAAAACUCAUUCACAUUCACUCUACAUAAGGCGUUGUCAGGCAACUGUCAAGAAAGCCCUUGUCAGUAACAUUCUUGUAGUUUCAGCAUCAUAAUCAAAAAUACUUCCACACUCAAUAUCCUAUCAAGCAAAAAACUAAAGUUCAGCCUACUGGGCAAUUCCACGGUUAUAGAGUGACACUGAGACUCAGAUUUUUCACUUUAAAAUGUAUGUCAAACAAAAAACAAUGAUUGCAAAGUUAAACAAACUCUAUACACAACACAACAAUACUUUUAACAAUUUCCACUGAAGCAAAAACACAUUUACUUGACAAAUAGUGCAGAUUCAAAGUUUGGUAGCAGAAUGACGGCACAAACAGCACAAACUGUCAUUCUGUUAUCAAACUUUGCAUCUCGAUUUUAAAGUGAAAAAUCGGAGUCUGUGUCACUGUUUUGUGGAAUUGCCCGACUACAACCAGGGUUGGGGCAAAUUCCAUUUAUUGACCCCAACCCUGACUAUGCUCCAGGGUAAAGCUUCCCCUCCCCCAACCCUAAUCUUAACCAUUAGUGGGGAAAUGUAAAACUGACCUAAGAUCAGCAUCACGGUUUCCACUAGAUAACACAGCCACAAAGUCAAAAUUGGCUAUACUGUAUAUCGUAAACAUUUAUUAAAACAAAAUUAACUUUUUGGUCUUAAUUUAACAUUAGGUAGGCAUAAGGUAAGCAGUGUGGUUAAGGUUAGGGUCACGGUUAGGUUUAAAAUCACAUUUUAAGAUACAUUUUAGAAAUAGGUGGGGUUUAUGACUCUGUGGCUGUGGUAACUAGUGACUACCCAACUUCACCCUACACCCCUAACUAGAACAAACAUUUCCCUCCGACUACCUAGUAGUAAUAAGAGCAUUAGUACCCCCUGUUGGCAGGUCAGACACAGUGUUGCUCCUGCUGCUCAUGACAGUCGCACGCAACAAGGGGUUAUGGGAAAUGGAACGCCAAAGGAACUUGAUUUCCCAUUCAACUCCUCAUAUCCUGGGUGACCCACUUCCCAGUCACUCUGCUUUUCUGCCUGAAGGCUGUAAAAUGAAAUCGCCACAGCAGCAGUAGCACCACAGCUCAUACAUGCAACCCAGUCACAUGUAACCCAGUUACUGGCUGCGUCCCAAAUGGCACCCUAUUCCGUUUUAUAGUUGCUACUUUUGACCAUGACCCAUAGGGCUCUGGUCAAAAGUAGUGCACUACAAAGGGUAUAUGGUGCUAUUUGGGGGACACACAUACAACAGCAGCAGUAGCAUGCAGUAGGACAGCUCAUACAUGCCACCCAGUCACAUGCAACCCAGUCACUGCCUUCCCUGGGGGCUAUAAAAUAGCCCAGUUCCAGUAACCACCGAGGCAGUAGCUACAGUAGUACCACAGUUCUUAUGGCACAUUUGGCUUGAGGCUGGCUGAUUUCUGGGUCACCCACUUCAGUCACAGCAAUGGGAAUUAAUUAUGGUGGAAAGGAGUACGGGGGCAGAAGAAAGGACCAAGGACUCUGAGUUACCCAGAUCAAGUCCAGUCAGCUUGAUUGUAUAUAGUCAAGCAGGGUUGUUGGGUUUCUACGGAUGCAUAUGACCUCCCCACACUACUAACCAUGCUAUCCCCUUGAUGACCUGCCUCCCAAAUUUAUUCCUCUGCCUCCUUAUAUUUAAAUGUCUUCAAUUAAGAAAUGAAUUGUGGCAUUGUCCCUAUGCUAUCCUUGCUCCACUGAUAUUAUCUUGUGUUGCAAUGUGUUUAUUUACUGCCAGAUGUGAUCCACUCCUGUGUUGUGAUUUCCCAGGCUGCUGCAGGAGGAGUUAGAGGCAGAUGUCAGCCUGUGUGCGGUGGGCUCCAGCACCAGUUCCACCCCUCUCCUGGUUCACAGAGCUGUUCUCCUGGCCAGAGCCCCACACAUACUGAGGAUGGGUGCUCAUCCAGACCCCAAGACCAUCCAGCUAAACAACUAUGACAGCACGGAGCUGAAGCAAUUAAUCAGGUACACUGAGUCAAAAUACAUGUUAUUGUCUUUACAGUUUCAGUACACUCCAUUCCAUAGAAAUAUAAUUACUAAUGCUAUUUCUAUGGUCCAAUCAUCCUUAUCUAGGCCUUCUAUUCUCACUCAAAUAGACAUCACGGAUGCAUCAAAUAUAUUUUAAUCUAAAUCAUUUAAGAGAGUGUUUCUAUGUAGAUAAUCUAACUCUGUCAAUAAACAUGAUUGUUAGUCAGUGCUUAGCGUGGAGUUUCUGUCCUGUUAAAUUAUAGACAGGGGGCGCCAUACUUGAUGCCUUGAUGCUGUAAGUCAGCCAAACUCCAUGCAGACCCAGAAGGAACUCAGUCAGGCGUUCUACUUACUGCUGUUUAGAGCUGUAACAGUAGAAUGCACAUGGUGCAAUUUCGAAAGUUGAUAGUGCAUGGGGAGUUUUCCUCUUGUUAUGUCAUUCACUGACAGACCUUAGAGAGCUAUUUAUAACCUGUCAGAAAACUACUAGCCCAUGUUGGCUAGAUAGGUAAAUGAGACUGAACAGCUAUCUAAAUCUUGUAGAUAUCAUGGCCAGAUUACGUGCUCAGGGGCCUCCACCCCCAGGGGGCCCCCAUUGAUUUAGUCAGGUAUCAUAAUGUGUAGAAUAGCAGAAAAUUAAGUUAAAACGGCAACAUUUUCUCUACGCCAACAAGAGGGGUGUGAACAGUUUGGGCUGUGGUGCUAGUGUGCUAGCUAACAGGCACUGUGCUGGGGUGCAGUGUGCUAGCUAACAGACACUGGGCUGGGGUGCAGUGUGCUAGUGUGCUAGCUAACAGGCACUGUGCUGGGGUGCACUGUGCUAGCUAACAGACACUGGGCUGUGGUGCAGUGUGCUAGCUAACAGGCACUGGGCUGUGGUGCAGUGUGCUAGUGUGCUAGCUUACAGGCACUGUGCUGGGGUGCAGUGUGCUAGCUAACAGGCACUGGGCUGUGGUGCAGUGUGCUAGUGUGCUAGCUUACAGGCACUGUGCUGGGGUGCAGUGUGCUAGCUAACAGGCACUGGGCUGUGGUGCAGUGUGCUAGUGUGCUAGCUUACAGGCACUGUGCUGGGGUGCAGUGUGCUAGCUAUCAGGCACUGUGCUGAGGUGCAGUGUGCUAGCUAACAGGCACUGUGCUGGGGUGCAGUGUGCUAGCUAACAGGCACUGUGCUGGGGUGCAGUGUGCUAGCUUACAGGCACUGGGGCUCGGGCAGCAGGCCAAAUCGCUGCACUGUGCUCCUUUCACACAUAAGGCUGUUGCGGUGACCGUAUUAUCGCCACACUGGCAGUCAUAAUUGGAUGCAACUCAGUAGUAUGUGGGUGGCAUAGUAGGUGUAUUAUUUUCACAAAACAGUUAUAGUUCAUAACACCAGGCCUACAUAUAGUUCAAUCGAGUAAAGGCUUAACUCCAUGACAACAGAGACAGAAUACAAUAUGGAAUUUUAAUGAAUAGUUUGGGGUAGGCCUUGUAUCCCCCACCCCCCAGCAAGUAGGAGACACAAGGUUUAAGUUGACAUAUAAAUACUCAGCUAGAUUCAUGCCCAUAUGUUGAAGGAAAGGAAAGUGAUUAUUGCACGAGUAAGCCCAUAGGUUAAUCAGCAAGCAUGGUGGAAUUGCCUUAGUGUGCCAUGCUCAUAGGCUGAAGUUAAUAGAUUAAUGACAAUCCGCACACUUGAUAAUAUUGUAAAGGUGUAGGCUAUAUUGCGUGGAUUUAUUAGACUUUUUUAAAUGUAGAUGUUCCAAAGGUCUGUAUCAGUGGCUUGUAGGCUAUGUGUGGAAGCCAGGAGAUGCUAAAUGUGUUUAUGUUAAUUAACGGUCAAUUACUGUGAGACCGACAGUUAUUUGCUUGACAAUCACCAUCUGACUACAUUUUGUGACCGCCACAGACCUACUCACGCACCUCUGUGUUCUGGAACAUUACGCCCUGUGCGUCAGUGUCUCCUUGAGCACACCAGCUCAGAGCAAUGACGACUGACUAUAGCACUCCUCAUAGAAUGUAUACAAAGGCUCUAACUGGGGCAUUUGUUACCAUUCUAAUCCUAGGUGUUUUAGAGGGGUUGGGAUAAAGCAGAACACAAUUUCCUCUUGAUCAUUCGUGGACAUUGGACAAUAACGUCAUCUUCUUCCUUUUCUUCUGUUUCUACUAAUCUUAGGCGAAUGUACACAGCAGACCAACGCAUGGGCUUGGCUGGAGAAGGAAUCCCUGAG